CCGGGAAACUUGCCUUCCGCGUGGUUCGAGUUGUGCGGUGUGCGCUCUUGGAUACGCGACCUGGCCUCAUUCCAUUUGGCUUAAGAAUCACGCUGAGUGCACUCGCCGCUUUCGCUUUGAGCGCUGACGGGAACCUGCGUCGCUUAUGUUCUUUGUUGCAGAAGAGACAGGGGCAAAGCUGCAGAUCCACCGCUGGGGGGUCUUCACUUUUCAGGUUCCAACAACUUGCUAGCGCCAUCUCAUCAUCAGACUUGCCGAGGAGGGGCGAAUUUGGGUGCCGAAAUUCUUUCGCCAAGUCCAACUUUAAAAGCACCCAACCACAACCGCCCGCCAACAAGAAGGCAAACAAGUGCCACUCUCUUGAAUACCAUAUAAAUACGUCUGCUGCGGGUAGCAGACGAAAUUGCGUUGCCUCUACCACCCCUUCCCUUGCGCAACCCAAGGCCUCAAAAAUACGCGGCAAGGAUGGGGUGGUCAAAGUCGACUCGCAUCAAGGUGAUGCUCGUCAUCGACGUCAUGUUCUUCUUGCUAGAGCUAGGUGUCGGCUUUGCUGUCCAUUCUCUGGCGCUGAUGGCAGAUGCCUUCCAUAUGCUCAACGACAUCAUCUCGCUGCUUGUUGGCCUGUGGGCCGUAUCGGUGGCGAGGAAGGCAACUACGGAUAGGUUUUCCUACGGGUGGCUUCGCGCUGAAAUCCUCGGCGCCUUCUUCAACGCUGUCUUCUUGAUCGCCCUUUGCGUGUCCAUCGUUCUCGAAGCGCUCACCAGAUUCAUUGACCCGCCCGAAAUCGGCAACCCUGAGCUUAUCCUGAUUGUCGGCUGCCUUGGACUGGCUUCAAACUUGGUUGGAUUUGGCGUUCUUGGAGGACACGGGCACUCCCAUGGACCAGGGGAUCAUGGACAUGAUGACGAAGCACACAGUUCUGAAGACGGGCACUCCCAUUCCCACGGGCUGGACCGCGCGGCUGAAGAAGGGCGUGUUGAGUAUUUCGGAGGCCAAGACACUGCUGCCGACGAGAGCGGACGCGUGGCUGAUCUGUUACCCGAGGCGGCGGUCGCGAGAUUUACCACCGCGGCGCCCGUGUCGCCCUCGAGACAUAUUCGGUUCGGACCAGAAAGCUCUUCUCCUGCUGAGAGGCGCGAGAGCCGGAGCUCCGGCUGGAGGGAGCGUCGUACACCAUCUGGCGUGAGGCACGGCCGCCUCACUAAUCUUGAGGAUAUCAGCAUCCACCCCGCCAGUUUUCGCCAGGAGAUAAUUGAUGCCAGCCGGUCGCGGGUUGAUGACGAGUCUAGCAGCGAUGGCAGUUCUGAAGACGAGACGGCGGUUGUUGACGAGUCGGAUCCUCGCGAGAAUACUCCAUUGCUAAAGAAUGGCCGCACUUCACCAGCGCGUUACGGAGCACACGGUUCGCACUCGCCUCCGAAACGAUUUCGACGGGGUUCCGGCAUCCAUCACUCGCACAACCACAACAAGCCAAAGGAGGCUAGCAAGGGGCAUGGACACAGUCACGGCGACAUGGGGAUGAACGCCAUGGUGUUGCAUGUUCUCGGAGACGCGCUGGGGAAUGUGGGCGUUAUUUGUACAGCGCUCAUCAUCUGGCUUACUGAUUGGGAGGGACGCUACUAUGCCGAUCCCGCAGUGUCCCUCUUCAUCACCCUCAUUAUCCUCCGCUCGGCGAUCCCUCUCACGGUCGCAGCAUCCAAGAUCCUCUUGCAGGCAACGCCCGACAAUAUCGACCUCAAUGAUGUCAAGGAGGACAUCCAGGCUCUCCCAGGGGUGAUUAGCUGCCACCACGUUCAUAUCUGGCAACUUUCGGACACCAGGGUGGUGGCAUCCAUGCACAUCCAGGUUGCGUUCCCUAUUUCGGAAGCCAACGGCGAGAAGUACAUGGAGCUAUCCAAGAUGGCGCGCAAGUGCCUCCAUGCAUACGGCAUCCACAGCGCCACCAUCCAGCCCGAGUUCUGCCUUGACAGGGGGCAUGACCAUAGAGGUGACGCUGUGGUGCCGGGUACCGACGGCGCCGCCCCUUCCGCAGGCCCGGCGUGCGGGCUCAGCGAGGGAAAUCUAUGUCUUUUGGACUGCGUUGACGAUUGUAUCGGUCAGGGCUGCUGCUCGCCUCCACUGUCGCGGCCCGAGAGCACCCACUCCGCGGAAGAACAUGGACACGACCACGGUGACCACAGUGAUCACGUCCAUUGAAAGGCGUCUUGAGGAUACCAAUUGGCUGAUAGAUGUUGGGUUUUCACUGUACAAUUUCUGUAUGUUUAAACGUUGUCACCACUGCAUUUACGCACUCCAGGCGCAUUUCAUGAACAGGCGUUGGGAGUAGGGGGGUUUGCUCACAAUGGGCCGGUGUUUGGGUUAUGCCUACUGGGCUGCACUGCCUAUAGUAUGAAUUAUGGAAGUUCUAGGGUAAGAUCGUCUUUCGCGGAAUUGCGCUCCUUUGUACCUUGUUGAGAGAGGCAUGGGUCAAAAGCAAGUUUGCCCUUAGCGGUUGUAUAAGUAGCUCUUGUCUAAGCAUCUAAUGAGAGGGUAUACGGUUGAUACUUAUGUAUGUACCUACAGGAUCCUCCGCAGGGCGCUGGAGCAGUGGCUUGAAGUCGGUGAGUUGGCUAUUAUCUACGCAGGCGGUUGAAAGUAUUC